GAAGUUUAAUCAAUCUUCUUGUUUUGUAAAGUAAAGAAGAGCUAAUCUCUAAAGUUGAAUCAAUCUUUUUAAAGUUGCCUAAGUGGAGCUUUGGUCAUGGCCCUUCGUCUCCUAACUGUAGCUCCUAGCAGCAGUUUCAUCAGAGCAAAUAGGAAAGGCACCUCCAACAGAUCAAAUGUCAGUAACUUGAGUGUUGUUGGAGCCUCCAAAGCUGUUGCUACGGCCAAUGUUUCGGAUAAAAAAAUUGUUAGACGGUCUGCUAAGUACCAUCCUCCCAUUUGGGAGUACGAUUUUAUUCAGUCGCUCAAAAGCGACUAUCUGGGGGAAUCAUUUAAUGAACAAGCAAUCAGACUAGUGGGAGAAGUGAGAAUGAUGCUUGAGAAUGUUAUGGACCCCUUAGAGAAACUUGAGCUGAUCGAUUCCUUGCAGAGGCUCGGUUUAUCUUAUCAUUUUAAGAAUGAAACCAAGAGGAUUUUGGAGGAUAUUCAUUUACGGGCUGAUCAGAGCAAGGCUUUAUGGAAGGAAGGAAACUUAUAUGCUACAGCACUUGAAUUUAGGCUCCUAAGGCAGCAUGGUUAUAAUGUAACUCGAGAGAUUUUCUCCGGUUUCAUGGACGAGAUGGGGAAUUUCAAGUCGAGUCUCUGUAAGGACUGCAAAGGGCUUCUAAACUUGUAUGAAGCUUCACAUCUUUCCAUGGAGGGUGAAGGUAUCUUAGACAUUGCAAGGGAUUUCGCGGCUAAACAGCUUCAACAAUAUCUGAAGCAAAAGAAAUUAGAUGAAUAUGUUAGGAUGCUAAUGGAGCAUGCGUUGGAACUUCCUCUACAUUGGAGGGUGUCAAGGUUGGAAGCCAGGUGGUUUAUAGAUGUGUACGAGAAAAGAGAGGAAAGAAAUCCUAUGCUUUUGGAGCUUGCUAAAUUGGACUUCAAUAUUGUGCAAGCCGUGCACCAGGAUGAUCUAAGAUAUGUUUCCAAGUGGUGGAGGGAUAUAGGUCUGGGAGAAAAACUACCAUUUGCAAGAGACAGGUUGAUGGAGAACUUUCUAUGGACAAUGGGCGUUGCAUUUGAUCCUCACUUUGGGAACCUUAGAAGAACUCUAACAAAGAUUGCCGCAUUAAUAACAAGUAUUGAUGAUGUGUAUGACGUGUAUGGUACAUUGGACGAGUUAGAACUCUUCACUCAAGCUGUUGAGAGAUGGGAUAUAAAUGCAAUGGAGCUUCUCCCAGAAUAUAUGAAGAUAUGUUUCUUUGCUCUUUACAACUCCAUAAACGAAAUAGCAUUUGGUGAUCUCAAGGAACAUGGAUUUCCUACCAUUCCUUUCUUGAAGAAAGCGUGGGCAGAGUUAUGCAAAUCUUACCUAGUGGAGGCAAAGUGGUAUCACAGUGGAUACAUUCCAACAUUUAAAGAGUAUAUCGAUAAUGCACGGAUUUCUAUUGCGGCUCCCGUAAUACUAUCACAUGUUUUUUUCUCAUCAAAUGUAACAACAAAGGAGUGCUUGGAGUACUGGAAGGAUGAUUCCAAUCUAAUUUAUUGCUCGUCAAUGAUUUUACGACUUGUUGAUGAUCUUGGUACAUCAAUGGAUGAACUGAAAAGAGGUGAUGUCCCUAAAUCAAUUAAAUGUUAUAUGCAUGAAACUGGUUGUUCUGAAGUAGAAGCUCGUGAACAAAUAAAGACGUUUAUUGAUGCAACAUGGAAAAGGAUGAAUGAAGAAUAUCUAAUGACUCACUCCUCCUUAUCUCUUCCGAUUAAACAUAUUGCAUAGAACAUAGCAAGGAUGGCUCAAUGCAUGUACCAAUUUGGUGACGGGGUUGGAGUUGCUAAUCUGGAGACUAAAGAUCGUGUAUUAUUGUUGUUUGUUUUAUCUAUUCCUUAUGGUAAAAAACUUAUUUGAAAGGUGAUAGGAUAAGAAAUUGAGACCAAAUUUUAGGUUUUCCAAUAAAUAAAGAAUCGUUUUCCAUAUUAUUUACUUAA